GUUGGGUUGAGUGUUCCUGCCGGUGAUACGGGUGUUGACGGGAUUGAUACUGACGUUGUGGGGGACCGGUACCUACCUAAUUAGACGCUCGACCGCGGCAUGGGCUUCGGCAUGAACUACGCGCACCACCAGUGCAUCGGCGGGCUCGAGGUGAUGCUCCCGGACGGCGACGUGGUGCGGACGGGCCAGUUCGGGAUCAGCAACUCGCCGUCGGCGUUCCUGUCCAAGUUCACGUACGGGCCGUCGGUGGAGGGCCUGUUCCUGCAGAGCAACCUCGGGGUGGUGACCAAGCUGUCGCUGUGGCUGACGCCGCAGCCGCAGGCGUACAUGGCCUGCACCUUCUCGGUGCAGGAGUACGACGGGCUGGCCGUCAUGGUGGACGCGUUCGGCGAGAUGAAGCGCAACGGCACGAUCCAGAGCUGCGUCUGGUUCACCAGCCUGAUCGAGACGCUGUGCAUCAUGGGCCGCCGCGAGGACUUCUGGAAGGGCCCCGGGCCCAUCCCGGACUGGCGGCUGGAGGAGCUGCGCAAGGAGACCGGCUUCGGGCACUGGUACGCCCGCUGGGGGCUGUACGGGCCGAAGCGGAUCGUGCAGGCGCAGUUCGACGAGAUCAAGGCGGUCAUGGCGGAGAAGGCGCCCGAGGGGACCAUCACGGGCGUGCUGUUUGCCGACGACGGCGGCGUGGACGCGGCCUCGGUGCCGAGCCCGCACGGGGACAUGUUCGUGGGCGUGCCGUCGCUGUGGAGCCUGCCGCUGAUCAACUGGCCGAUCCCCAAGGACCGCGCGGGCAAGGCGGCGCACGGCGACUACGCGCCCGUCAUCCCGUCGUCGGGCAAGAUGGUGCUGGAGUGGAUGAAGGUCAGCAAGCCGAUCUGCGAGGCCAACGGUGUCGAGCUCAUGGCCGACUUCUUCAUGCAUGAGCGCCACAUCGUGCUCAUGAACAUGUUCACCUGGGACCAGACGGACCCCGAGCAGAAGGAGAAGAUGCAGAGGCUGUACUAUGGCCUGUACGAGGAGGCCAAGAAGAGGGGCUACGGCAUGUACCGCGGCCACGUCAACCACAUGGACCUGAUUGCGGAGAUGAACGACUUCAACAACCACGCCUACAACAGGCUUGUCGAGAAGAUCAAGGAUGCCGUCGAUCCCAACGGGAUCCUCGCCCCGGGCAAGCAAGGCAUCUGGCCAAACAGGUUCCGCCACUUGAGGGACACGCAAAAACCGACCGUUUGAGGCGGAUUGCGGAAACAUUUCCCUUGCUGACUUGUGCUGUGGUGCUCCUUGUGGUCGGCGCGGUGGGUAGGUCGAAUCGGUUCGUCCAAGAUGUUGAAUUAGUAUACGAUGCGCAGCGUUGUUUGUUUGCUACCACCGACGUCUCCAGCGAGUAUUAAGAAG